UGUUUUUGAAUUUCAUAAAAAGGCUAUCAUGCUGCAUAUAAGGUUCAGGGACUUUUUUCUUCCUUCAACAUUAUAUAAUUAAGAUUGAUCUAUUUUGUGUGUGGCUCUAUUUCCUUUUCACUAAGCAAAAUAUUCCAUUGUUUGAAAGUCCUGUAACCAUUCUCCCAUUAAUAGGCCUGUUUCACACUCUUAAAACAAUGCCGUUAAGAACAUUCUUGUUUAUGUCAUCUGGUUCAUGAAUACAUUUUGCAGACAUUGAACGAUACCUAAAGUAACGUCAAUAAACUUGAGCCCGCUGGAAGAAAAUAAAUAUGAAAAACAUCAGGUUACAGUUUCUCAACCUUGGUUCUGUGGACAUUUGAGCCAGAGAAGUGUUUGUUAAGAGGCCUCUCCUGUGCUUUGUAGGGUGUUUAGUAGCACCCCUGGCCUCUACCCACUAAACUCCAGUAGCACACACAACCCCCCUCCCAAAUUUGUGCAAUCGAAAGGUCUCCAGAUACUGCUAAACGUGUCCCCUUGGGGGCACAGUGGCUGCGGGUUAAGCAGCACUGAUGUAGAUGUAAAGGAAGGACAGGAAGGAAAGGAUCCAGGUUCCUAGAAAGAGGACACACUGCUGCUCCCGAGACUGAAGAUGUGUACCCUCCAACCAAGCUUUUUAUCUUUAUGGAAAUUGGUCACAUCUAAUAGGCAUUCUAAAGCCUAGCAUACUUACAGAACGAGCCUAUACGGCAGAGAUGCUGGAGUGUGAAAAGCCAGUGGAUGUGAAGAAGAGUAAAGGCUGUGAAGCUGACGUGCCUAGUGACCUUCGAAAAGAAGUAGAAAGUCAUUACAGGCUUUCUCUGCCUGAAGAUUUCUAUCACUUCUGGAGGUUCUGUGAAGGGCUUGAUCCAGAGCAGCCAGCUGAUUCACUUUCUGCAAGCCUUGGACUUCGAUUAGUGGGUCCUUACGAUGUCCUUGCUGGAAAACAUAAAAUGAAGAAAAAAUCAGCAAGCCUGGAUUUUAACCUUCACUGGAGAUUUUACUAUGAUCCUCCUGAGUUCCAAACCAUUAUUAUUGGAGAUGGUAAAACUCAGUUCCACAUGGGGUAUUUCAGGGAUUCUCCUGAUGAACUUCCUGUGUUUGUCGGUACAAAUGAAGCAAAGAAAAAUUGUAUCAUUGUUCAAAAUGGAGAUAAUGUGUUUGCUGCAGUCAAAUUAUUUUUGAUGAAAAAACUUAAAGAAGUAACAGAUAAAAAGAAAACUAGUCUCUUGAAAACCAUAGAUGAGAAACUCACAGAAGCAGCCAGAGCACUGGGGUUCUCACUGGAACAGAGAACCCUGAAGAUGAAACAGAGAGACAAGAAAGUUGUGACAAAGACCUUCCAUGGGGCAGGCUUGGUUGUCCCAGUAGAUAAAAAUGACGUUGGCUACAGAGAGCUCCCUGAAACGGAUGCCAAUCUCAGGAGAAUCUGCAGGACCAUCGUGGAGGCCCCCAGCGAUGCCGAGAGACUCAAAGCUUUCGCUCCUGUUCAGGAAAUGAUGACUUACGUGCAGUUUGCUAAUGAUGAGUGCGAUUAUGGGAUGGGGCUGGAGCUGGGGACGGACCUCUUCUGCCAUGGUUCCCACUAUUUUCAUAAAGUUGCUGGCCAGCUUUUACCUCUUGCAUAUAAUCUGUUGAAGAGGAAUCUUUUUGCAGAAAUUAUUGAAGCUCAUCUGGCAAACAGAAGCAGAGAGGACGUGGACCAGCUUGCAGCAUGAGGCGGGGGUGCCUCUCUUGGGUGUACAGUAUUUCAGAGCUUCAGUAUGAAACGUGAUAUUUUGUUUUUAAGGAACAAGGAAAAUAAAUGGAUGGAAGCAUUUGCUAAAAACUUUU